AUGGGGCCUUCGAGACGCCUCGUGACCAUCAAAAGGAGCGGGGGCGACGGCCCCCACUUUCCCCUGAGCCUCAGCACCUGCUUGUUUGGAAGGGGUAUCGAAUGUGACAUCCGUAUCCAGCUUCCUGUUGUGUCAAAACAACAUUGCAAAAUUGAAACCAAUGAGCAGGAGGCAAUAUUAUAUAAUUUCAGCUCCACAAAUCCUACACAAGUAAAUGGGUCUGCUAUUGAUAAGCCUGUACAACUAAAACAUGGAGAUAUAAUAACUAUUAUUGAUCGAUCUUUCAGGUAUGAAAAUGAAAAUUGCCAGAAUGGAAACAAAUCAACUAGAUUUCCAGGAAAAAUACCAGAACAGGGACCAUCACGCCGUGUGUCAAGAUCUAGCUUCUCUUCUGACCCUGAUAAGAGUGAGGGAGGGCCUUUGAAAAGAAGGCGUGUGUCCUUUGGUGGUCGUCUAAGACCGGAAUUGUUUGAUGAAAACCUGCCUCCUAAUACACCUCUCAAAAGAGGAGAAACACCAACGAAAAGAAAGUCUCUGGUCGCUCACACCCCAACUGUCCUGAAGAAAAUCAUUAAGGAACAGCCUCAACCAUCAAACAAAGAGUCUGCUUCCGAAAUCCAUGUGGAAAUGAUGGCACAAAACGUGUUUGUGAGCUCUCCAGUUCCUAGUCCUAGGACCACUCCGGUUGCUGGUGCACAAAGCCGUAGGUCAUGCAGAGCAUCCUCCACUUCGAGUGGCAGCAAAUCUCAGGUAGAUAUUCCUAAGAGAGGAGGGAGAAAGAGUGGCAACCUGCCAUCAAAGAGAAUUUCCAUCAGCCGAAGUCAACAUGAUAUUUUACAGAUGAUUUGUUCCAAAAGAAGGAGUGGUGCUUCUGAAGCCAAUUUAAUUGUUGCAAAAUCGUGGGCCGAUGUAGUAAAACUUGGCGUGAAACAAACACAAACUAAAGUUGUAAAACAUGGCCCUCAAAGGCCAAAGAACAAAAAACAAAGAAGACCCAACACUCCGAAGAAGCCUGUGGACGAUGCUCACAAUCAGUUUAGUACCGGCCAUGCAAACUCUCCUUGCACCAUAAUAAUAGGGAAAGCUCAUACUGAAAAAGUAAAUGUGCCUGCUCAGCCCUACAGAAUGCUGAACAACUUUGUUUCCAACCAAAAGAUGGACUUUAAGGAAAAUCUUUCAGGAUUAAGUGAAAUGUUUAAGACACCAGUGAAGGAGAAGUCACAAUUGAUGAGCUCUGGUCCUGUCACUCUUUCAAGUUCAGAGAAUUUGCUCGGAAAAAAUUUUCAAGUAACUAAUUCAGCAGAAGAACCUCUGCUACGUACUUCAGAGAGUUUUGGAGAAAAUGUGCUCUUGAGUACUUGGAAUGCAGCAAAAGAACCUGAUACACACUCUGCAACCCCUGCCUUACAGCGGCAGUGUGUAAAAGAAAAUGAAACUCUAGUGAAAACUCCAAAGAACAUCUAUACAGCGACUCCUGUUGAGAUGAAAACUUCAGAUACUGAGACAGAGCCUUCAAAGACAGUAUCCAGUGCAAAUACAUUAAGAAGGUCCAUGGAGCUCAGAAAUCCGCAGAAGCUCCCUAUAGACAGUAAGAAUGAAGACACAAAAACUGACACUGUCGAGGACAUCAUGGGCAAAUGUCUGAGGAGGCCACCACUACGAGAAAAGAAAAUAGAAGGAGAGAUGAAGGAAACUGAAAGACCUUUUGAAACAUAUAAGGAAAUUAUCGAGUCAAAAGAAAAUUCCGAAAUGAUGGCAGAUGGGAGGGCAUCAAGAAGAACUUGGGGACAUAAAAGUGAGCCAGCUUCCAACCCAGCAGGUCUCAAGAGGUGGCCCGAAAUGGCACCCAUGAAGGACAUGACAGACACCCAAGAUCUCCAAACACCAGGUCUCACCAGGGAACCAAGGAAUGAGAAGGAUAAGACCACUAAACUAUAUCAGAGAUCUUUACAAGCAGAGCCAGUCAACACUCCCACAAACAUGAACAGACAGCUCAGGACAUCUCUGGGGAAAGUGGAUGUGAAAGAAGAGCUCUCAGCAGUCGGCAGGCUCACACGAACACCAGAGCAAACCGUGCACACACACAAAGAACCAGUGCCUCAAGGAAAAGGCACCAAAAUGUUUCAGGAAACUCCACGGCAAAAAGCAGACUCAGAAAACUCUGUAACUGGAGUGAAGAGAUGGCCAAGAGCAGCUAAGGAAGAGGUCCAACCCCCAGAAGCUCUGUCUGGCUUCAAAGAACUCUUCCAAACACCAAAACGCAAUGACAAGCCCACAAUAGAGGACAAAACUACUAAAAUAUGCAGCAAAUCUUUACAAUCAGAACCAGUGAACACUCCAACAAGGACAAAAAGACAACCCAGGACACCUUUGGGGAAAAUAGCUACAGAGGAAGAUCUGGCUGCAUUGAGGAAGCUCUCGCAAACGCCAGGGGAAGCCACACACACCCCCAAGGUACUGGGUGAGGAAAAAGGCAUCAAAGCGUUUAAGCAAUCUGCAGAGCAGAAACUGGACCCAGCAGCAAGUGUAACUGGCAGUAGGAAGAGGCCAAGAGCAGCUAAGGAAGAGGCCCAGCCCCUAGAAGACCUGUCUGGCUUCAAAGAGCUCUUCCAAACACCAAAAUACCAUGACAAGCCCACAGGUAAGGAUAAAACUACUAAAAUACCCUGCACAUCUCCGCAACCAGAGCCAGUGAACACUCCAACAAAUGUGAAAAGACAGCCCAAGACACCUUUGGGGAAAAUGAAUGUAGAGGAAGAGCUGUCUGCACCGAGGAAGCUCUCACAAACAGCAGGGGAACCCACACACACACCCAAGGUACGAGGUGAGGACAAAGGUAUCAGAGCAUUCAAGGAAUCUGCAAAACAGAAACCGGGCCUGGCAGCAAGUGUAACUGGCAGCAGGAGAAGGCCAAGAGCAGCUGAGGAAAAGGCCCAACCCCUAGAAGACCUGGCUGGCUUCCAAAAGCCCUUCCAAACACCAGGUCACACUGAGGAGUCAAUGACUGAUGGCAAAAGCACAAAAGUACCCUGCACAACUCUACAACCAGAACCAGUGGACACCACAGUAAGCACAAGGGAACAGCCCAAAACAAGUCUCAGGAAAGUGUCUGCACUGAGGAAGCUCACGGAAACCUCAGGGGAAUCCAUACAUAUGCACAAAGUUCUAGUAGGUGAGGACAAAGGCAUCAAAGCAUUCAAGCAAUCUGCAGAGCAGGAACUGGACCCGGCAGCAAGUGUAACUGGCAGUAGGAGAAGGCCAGGGGCAGCUAAGGAAAAAGCCCAGCCCCUAGAAGACCUGGCUGGCUUCAAAAAGCCCUUCCAAACACCAGGUCAUACUGAGGCGUCAAUGACUGUUGCUAAAAGCACAAAAAUGUCCUGCACUUCUCCACAACCAGAGCCAGUGGAUACUGUGGUAAGCACAACAAGAUGGCCCAAGAGAAGUCUCAGGAACGUCUCUGCACUGAGGAAGCUCACGCAAAUAUCAGGGGAAUCCACACGUACGCACGAAGUUCUAGUAGUCGAGGACAAAGGCAUCAGAGCAUUCAAGCAAUCUGCAGAGCAGAAAUUGGACCUGACAGCAAGGGUAACUGGCAGCAGGAGAAGGCCAAGAGCAUCUAAGGAAGAGGCCCAGCCCCUAGAAAACCUGGCUGGCUUCAAAAAACCCUUCCAAACACCAGGUCACACUGAGAAAUCAAUGACUAAUGUUAAAACCACCAGGUCCCCACUGCCAGAACUAGUGAACACCACAGCAAGCACAAAGAGACAGCCCAAAGGAAGUCUCAGGAAAGUCUCUGCACUGCAGAACCUCACGCAAACAUCAGGCGAAACCACACACACAUCCACAGAACCCCAAGGUGGGGAUAAACACAUCAGAGUGGCUAAACAAUCUGCAAAGCAGAAACUGGACCCAGCAGAAAAUAUAAAUGGCUGCAAGAGGCAGCCACGUGCAGCUAAGAAAGAGGCCAAAGCCCUAGAAGUUCUGGCCGACUUCAAAGAGCUCGUCCCAGCACCAGGUCAACGUGGGGAACCAAGAAAUGACACUGAGAGCCUCAAGACUGCUCCAAAGCAGCCCCCUGACAGUGGGGAACCUCUGAAAACAUUUAGGAGGGUCCUUAGGGCCCCUAAAGUACAACCUAUACAAGACAUGGUGGGCACCAGAGACCCUGUCAAAUCACAGAGCAAAAGCAACACUGCUCUGACCUCCAAGAGGAAGUCUGGAAAAGACGACAGUGUCUCGGGAGGCAAGAGACUGCACUGCAUGACUGCCACAGAGGGAGUUGUAGAGGAGGAGCCAGCCAACAAGAAACAGAGGUCUGCGCCCAGGGAGAAAUGCACACCACCUGAACCCUUGGUAGUACUGAAGAGAAGUCUGAGAAUUUCUGCAGAGAGUAUGGAACCCGUGGAAGAUCUGAACAGCAACAACAUGAAAACUAAGAAAAGAGAACACAAAGUGGAAGGCUCGGUCACUUCAAAUAAGGGAAUAUCCCUGCGCCCCAGACGCCAAAAUAAAUCUGAUGUAGAGCAACAAAAAACUGAGGUUCCUAUAGCAGCAGAAAAAAUUAAAAUAAAGAGAUAUGAAAAGAAGUCUGUUAAGACCUCCCAGGAGUUGGAGAUUGAAAACCCAGGUGACAGGGCCAAGGGACCCACAGAAAGGGGCAAAGUUGGUGAAAGCAGAGCAUGCUCGAGAUCCCUCCGGCAGAGUAAGAGCUCCCAGCCCAGCAUGGCACGGGAGGAGGGAGCCAAGGAAGGUGUGGGAACCCACACUCAGAACCAGACAGAGAAAGGAGUAAGAGGAAAUUCAGACUUCAUGAGCCUGAGGUCAAGGAAGGUUAAAAUCCAGCCUGCAGUAAACAAGCUGGGAAGUGAACCUGAGCAGAGAGCAACCCGGGCUAUCAAGAGAUGUGCAGAAAAUCCAAAGGAUGGUAAAGACAUUGUGUCCAUCAAGAAAAUAAGAACCAGAAGUCAUCGGGACAGCGAAGAUAUUUAGCCAAGAGAUUUAAGUGGGA